UAUCAUCUGUGAAAUAUUUAUUAUAUUUCUUCAUGUAAAUAGUUCUUGUAUCUUCCAGCAGACCGGUUUUCUAACACUUAACAGGAUGUCAGAAAAUAAUGAAUUAGAUCUUUUAACCUUUACUCGGUGCAUGAAAACGUUUGCUGUUCAUUCAAAUGGAAUACAGGAAAAUAUGUUUGCGGAUCAGUAUAGAAAAAUAAACUUGGCUCAGUUUGGUGUUCCUGUUCAUUUCUGCAUAGAAGCACUGAAUACUCAAGGAUAUAUAACAAAGAUUAUGUCUCAUAUCUCAACAGAUCUUGUUCCCACCAAAAAGGCUUUUCAUUUUAUCGACAAGAUUAACUCCCAGUGUUCUUUGGCAUAUGAAGUUGAGCCGGGGAUUAAACAUCAGGAACUAUACUAUUCUUCCAGCAAAUGUGCAGGAGAUCAAAGAAGGAUUCCAGUCUUAACUGUUCCACCAGCGGUAAAGAACUUAGGAACUGCUCCCAUUCUGGUUCAGGACAUAGUAGAUCCGAAGAAAGUUUGGUUUCAGCUGAAAGACGCGAAGCAUACAGGAGCUUUAGACGAUAUGAUGGUUGAGAUAAAAAUGUUCUACAACACAUCUAGUUUCUCCAGGGAACAAUACAGUAUAGAGCAUAUGGACGAUAUUGAGAGUGGUGACAUUAUUGCAGCACCAUAUGGUGCUUCAGAUUACUACAGAGCUAUGGUUAAGAAGAAAAUGGGAGCGCUCAUCAAGGUCUUCUUCGUAGACUAUGGGAAUGAAGAGCAGGUAGAAUUGAGUCAGCUAUACUACCUCAAGAGCGAGUUUCUUAAACUUCCAGGCCAAGCUAUCUGCGGCUGCAUACGUUUGAAAUCCAAAGGUUACUUGACUCCGGACGAGGUUGGAAGGUUUCAAUCUCUGCAGGAGAUCAGAGCUGUGUUCAGCACUAAGUUUGAAAAUGACUUUUGGCCAGUCAAGCCUGUUCAAAUAGAGAUAAUUGAUGAAGGAAGCCAGAAAACAUUGAAAGAUAUACUGGGAGACCUCCACUAGUUCGUUUAUAUUCUUGGACCAGCAAACCAAACCGUGGAUUUUAAUAGUCAAGCAUAUCUCUGCUGUAAAUAUAAUAGCAAUAAGUUUAAUUUGUAUAUUGAAAAAGAUCCAGUACAAUCUUUGUUUUAAAAUUUUCUGCAUUUCAUUGAUAUUUAUUAAGAAUGUCUUUUGGUAAUUCGUAAAUUAUUUUGUUAUUCUAUUUGUUUGUGCUUCAGAAAAA